AUGGGAUUAUUUUCCAGCCGAAAAAAGACAGACUCUUCUGUCAGCUCCUUGGCAACAUCUGGAAGAAUGGUAACAACAACCACAACAACCAAGACAACAACGAUCAUUAAUGGCAAGCCAGUCACUACUACUGUUGUCAAAGUAGAGCAAAAGCAACUUCCUUUGUCACUACAAACUCCGUCAGCGACUCUUUUACCAAAGCCAUCAUCUACAACCACAACCACUACUACAUAUUACAAAUCGGUUGCAUCUAAACCGCUUUCAGUUGAAAAGCCUCCCUCUACAGACAUUCCUCCACAUGAAUUUGCAGAAGAGUGUAUGUUUCGGCACAAUCAUUAUAGAGCACUUGCUGGUCUUCCCCCACUCAAAUGGUCCGACACUCUCGCUGCUGCAUCCCAAACUUGGGCCAACCAUCUUGCCUCGACCAAUAGGUUUGAGCAUUCGCAUGGCAAGGUUGGGAAAUAUGGCGAAAAUCUAUACUGGACAACAAAUAACAAAGCCAUUUGUCGUGACGCUAUGGAAGCCUUUUACGCCGAAAAAAAGCUGUAUCAUGGCGAGCCCAUCAGCAACAACAACUGUCAUGCCAUUGGCCAUUACACUCAACUCAUGUGGCCUACGACGACACAUGUUGGUUGCGCUAUUGCCACGGACAAGUCAAAGCAAAAACAUACAAUAGUGUUUGAAUACUGGCCUCAAGGCAAUAUUCUUGGCCAGUGUGCACCACAUAGUUUUUAA